UUUCAGGCAAUAUGGAAGAAUUAUGUAAGAAACAAGAAAUUAAAGAUUUAAUUUUCAAUGAUAUAAAAGAAUUGGAAAAGUUAAAUCAAUUGAAAGGAUUUGAAUUGGUAAAAGAUAUUUAUCUUUAUCCUGAACAAUUUUCAGUUGAAAAUAAUCUUUUAACACCAACAAUGAAAUCAAAACGACCUGAAUUAGCAAAAUAUUUUGAAAAGCAAAUUGAUGAAAUGUACAAAUAUAUUGAAUAA